AAAAACUAGUCCUCCCUCCCGCCAGACGUUUCUGCGCAGUGACGUCAUAGCCAGAGAAGAUGGCGGCUGUGCUGAAGGCGGAAGCGGGGCAGUGCAGGCCGCCUUGCCUUGUGUGAGACUCAUCCUGCAUGGACUCGUCACCAUGAGCAACAAGGAGAUGGUUUCCCCGGAGACAGAGAACAAAGGACAGAGGAAGGUGUUUCUUCCCAACAAGCUGCUCGAGUGUCUCCCUCGCUCGUCCAGCCUGCCUAAUGAGCGGCUCAGGUGGAACACUAACGAGGAAAUCGCUUCCUACCUGAUAUCCUUCGACAGACAUGACGAGUGGCUCUCCUGCACCCUCAAAACCAGGCCGAAGAACGGCAGCAUCAUCCUGUACAACAGGAAGAAGGUGAAGUACAGAAAGGACGGAUACUGCUGGAAGAAAAGGAAGGAUGGAAAGACGACAAGAGAAGACCACAUGAAGCUGAAGGUCCAGGGCAUGGAGUGCCUGUAUGGUUGCUACGUCCAUUCCUCCAUCGUGCCAACAUUCCACAGACGAUGCUACUGGCUGCUGCAGAACCCAGACAUCGUGCUGGUCCACUACCUGAACGUGCCAUCCCUGGAGGAUUCUGGGAAAUGCAGUCCACUGCUUUGCGCGGUGGCCGACCGCCAUGACAGCGUACGCUGGAGCCGAGACGACCUGCUGAGCCAGCUGAGGCCCAUGUUCCACAGUAUGAAGUGUUCAGUUGGUGCGGGAGAUUUCAGUAUUGAGGAGUUGGUUCAGCAAAUCCUGGACCGACAAAGAACCAAACCACAGCCGCGCACACACACCUGCCUGUGUAACACUGCCCAGGUAUCAUCCGGAGUGAACAUUCCCCACCGAUGUAACAGCACCAAGCAUCGCAUCAUCUCCCCGAAACUCCCACCCUCUUCCUGUAGGCCAUCCGCCUCGCCGGUGUCCUCUGAGCUGGGGGAGGUGGGGAGAGGAGGAGCGGGAGGAGAAGCCAAACUGCCUCACCUUCAGGCUCAGACCAGCCCGGCCUCAUCUCCCUGCCCCUCGUCCACCUCCUCCUCCUCCCCGCCUCAAUCCCACCGAGCUGCUGUCACCAUGAGUAACAACGGUAACGGUUUCUACGGAGACCGCCAUGGCAACCUAACGACGGUGGCACUGCCACAGAAUGCAGUCAUUGUCAUGGCGACUGCUGCCAUAACAGGAGAGGGAGGAGGGGGCGGCGUGGCGAGAGCGGAGGAGGCGGGUUUGCGGAGGAGCCUGUCAUUCACCGGCUCUGGGCAGUUGCUGCUUUCCCCGGCCCUCCCUCCCCCAGGCAUCAAGCCCACCUCCCCUUCCCCUCCAACUUCCUCCUCCUCACCUGCCCCCCCUUCCCUCCCCCCGCCUCCUGUGCAGGCACCAGGCGUGACCACCCUCUCACUCACUCUUCUGCCCUCCCCGGUUAUUGGAGGCCUUCUCUUAACCCCGUCUUCCUCCAACACAUCCACCUCCCUCUGCUCCCCACCACCUCCUGCUGCCGCUGUCUCCCCACCCUCUCCCCCCUCCUCCCCCUCACCCCCGCCGCCGCCUCCCCCAUCCCUUCCCCCUGCCUUUGAUCCUGACUCGUUCCUCAACUCCCCCAAACAAGGCCAGACGUACGGCGGCCCUGUUCCUCCUCCUUCCUCCUCGUCCACUCCCAUCUCUUUCAUGUGCACCACCUCCUCCCCCUUCUCUCCCCCCUCCCUCGCUCUCUCCCUGUCCCCCACCUCCACCCCUCCAUCCUCUGUUUCCCCUCCUUCCUCACUGUCCUCCCUCUCAUCUUCCUGUGAAGUGGACAGGAGAGACUCAGUCCUCCCUCUUUCUGCCUCUCCUUCCUCCUCCUCCUCUUCUCCCCAAGUUCAGUCUACAAUGCCCCCCUCCCUAUCACUGUCUCCCACGUCCACUGUGGCCCCGCCCCUGCUGCCGCUCUGCUUGGAGCUCGGAGCUCUGGGGGAGUCGGAGGCAGUGAGGGAGGAUGCAGAAGAAGAGGUGAAGGACAGGAGAGGGGAAGAUGAUGAUGAUGAAGGAAGUGCUCCUCCCUCUAAACUCGCUCUCCUGCAGACAAACCAUGCCUCCUCCAGCUUGGCACCACGGCAACAGACCAUUAGCAGUUCUGCCUCCCUGCUCCUGGUGUGUCAGAGUGCGGCGACCCAGGCCUGCCAGCCGGCCAGUCAGACUUACCGACAGGCUGACGAGCAUCAGCAUCCGUUAAACCCCGGGCAACACUCCAAUCACCUGUGUAUACCUGAGGCCCCAACCCCAGCUCAGACAUCCCGUCAGCCCUUGUUGCUGCAGCAGCAGUCUUCAAUAUUUGCCAACAGUGACGCUAACAUGGACUCCACACCUGCUGCUGUUGCCAUGGAUACUGCUAUCCAGGUGAAAGAGGAGAGCAGGCGGGGCUCCGACUCUGAGGACACCUGCAUGAACACUCAGCUGGAGGAGGAGGCGGAGCCCUGCGAGCGGGGAGGGGAGGAGCUUGACAUCUCCUUUGACAGUCAGUUUCCUGACCUCAUCUCUGACCUCAUGACAGAGGAGGCCAAUCCUGUCGCGGCUCAUUGCGCUGCCGUCUCCGCCGUGCCAAGCCCUGCCGUGUUUCCGGCAGGAGUCCGCUACGUCGUUCCUCCCCAGCCCUCCCCUUCCUCCUCCUUUCUCCCUUUUCCUCACCCGCUGCCCGCCUCCUCCACACGCCUCGCUUCCAUCACAGACUUCUCCCCGGAGUGGUCGUACCCCGAGGGCGGAGUAAAGGUGCUGAUAACAGGGCCGUGGAGCGAGCCGUCGGGUCGGUAUUCAUGCGUGUUCGAUCAGAGCACCGUCCCCGCCUCGCUGAUCCAGCCUGGGGUGCUGCGCUGCUACUGUCCUGCCCAUGAGGCCGGCCUGGUCUGUCUGCAGGUCCUGGAGUCUGGAGGUUCGGUUUCUUCUUCGGUCCUGUUCGAGUACAGAGCAAGGAACGCCAGCUCUCUGCCCAGCUCUCAGCUCGACUGGCUCUCACUAGACGAUAAUCAGUUCAGGAUGUCCAUUCUCGAGCGGCUGGAGCAGAUGGAGCGCAGGAUGGUGGAGAUGGCCCGCGACAACAACCAACAGCAGCAGCAACGGCAAAAUCAACAGCAGCACGGCAGCCAGCUGGCCACGCCCCCUCCUCCUCCACCAGAGGACCACGAACAGUCCUCUCAGUGGUUCGAAAGGAGGAUUGUGGGAGUGUGCGAGCGGAUGAUGAGGGGCGGUCGGUGGUCAGGGGGAGGAGGAGAGAGGCUUCAUCACUCCGUUCGUCACCGUGGCAUGACGCUGCUCCACCUGGCUGCUGCACAGGGAUACACACACCUGAUCCACACACUCAUACACUGGAGGAAUGUAAACAGCGACAGUCUGGACCUGGAACAGGAAGUCGAUCCUCUGAAUGUCGACCACUUCUCCUGCACGCCACUGAUGUGGGCAUGUGCGCUGGGCCAUCAGAGGGCGGCAGAGCUCCUCUACAGCUGGAACAGUCUGGCUCUGGGCAUCCCUGAUUCUCUGGGACGCUUGCCUCUUGCCGUUGCUCGCUCCCGAGGACACACUCGCCUCGCCACGGCGCUGGAGGAGCUGCACAUGCAGCGCACGCUCGCUAACGUGGUGUCCAGAGACGUGCACACGCCUCCAGCAGACACGCACACACCGCAGCCACCACUGUCCCCUCUCUCCACCAGCCCAGAUACAGGUCUGAGCUCCUCCAGCAGUCUCCCCUCCCCCAGUGACCCCUCUUCACCCUCCCCUAGCUCUGCUUACUCCAGUGGCCCCGCCCCCAUGGAGACAUCGCCCUCUUCCCCUUCGUCUCCUUCCUCCUCUUCCUCACUAUCUGUCUCCCCUCCCUCCCCCUCCUCCCUACCUCUGGAGUCCAUGUGGGGGGAGGAGACAAACACCACUUUCAGCACAGGUUUGAACCCUGGUGGUUCCAGAGACUCCCCCCUUCACCUCAUGGACUAUGAGAGCGUCUCUGCCAGUCACGCUCAGUCAUACAUGCACACGGCGAGCAGGCGGCGGUCGCACGCCACACUGGAGGAGCAGCUGCUGAGCUACAGUGAGAAUGCCGAGAACGAAGGCGAGGAAGAGGCGUAUCUGGAGGAGGAGGUGCUGCAGGUUGACAUGGCAACGCUAGCAGAGCAAAUCAUCGAGGCAACCCCAGAGCGAAUCAAACAGGAGGAUUUCCCCAGGGGGGCGGAGUCACCGCUCCGAGAAAGGUGGGACAACCCGGCCAUACAGGACACCUGGCUGGCUACAUACCUGGAAACGGUCGACACCCACGCACACUCCCCUCCCAGGCGUGUGUGCCCCCCCUCACCACUCAGCGCUUUAGCCCUCCAGAGGCUCCGCCCUCCCUCUUCUGCAGCAUGGGCAGAAUUCCUCAACGCCUCAGCCAAUGGAAAGAUGGAGCGAGAUUUCGCCCUGCUGACGCUGACAGACGGCGAGCAGAGGGAGCUUUACGAGGCCGCCAGAAUCAUCCAGAACGCCUUCAGGAGAUACAAGUACGCUCUCUAUAAGAAGAUGACCCAGGCAGCCAUCUUGAUCCAGUCCAAGUUCAGGUCGUACUACGAGCAGAAGCGUUUCCAGCAGAGCCGGCGGGCCGCCGUCCUCAUCCAGCAGUACUACCGCAGCUACAAGGAGUAUGAGAGGCUCAAACAGGCACCAAGAGGCACCGCCUCCCACAACUCCAAGAUCAAGUAAGACCUUAUCACUCCUGAAACAAGCUAAUAAACCUGGUCUGAUCGCAUGGAAACAAGAUUCAUUUCUGCCCACAAAAAUAAUGUAGCAAUGACAGGUUAAGACGGUGGCUUCUUCCAUACUCUUAAGUAUAAUAGUUUCCUAAAAGGAAAAAAAGUUUCAUUCUGAUUACAAAUUGUUCCCUCAAAAAAACAAGGAAAUUUUUAUCUUUUCCCACAAGAUAAAAAUUUGUUCUCUCAACACAAUGAACGAGUUUCUCCUUGUUCCUUCUGAAUAUGAAUUUGUUCCUUCAAGAAGUACAACUUAGCCCUUAAAUAAAUAAUUCUUUAAAACAGGUUAACAACUUGUUCAGUCAAGAUAACUUUUUCCUUCAAAAAGGUAAUUUGUUCCCUCAGGAUAAAAACUUGAGGGAACAAGUUGCUGUCUUCUUUCUGUCGUCUGCAGA